UUAUUUGUUAUUAUAGGACGACGAGGCGGACGGUAUGUAUUUCGUUCAGGAGGGCAUCGUUAGGAUCAUCAAAAUUACUGAAGAAGGACACGAACAGGAAUUAUCGCGUUUAGAAAAAGGCGGAUAUUUUGGUGAAUUAGCACUCAUUACACACCGGCCCAGAGCUGCAUCAGCCUAUGCUCUAAGUGCUGAAGUGAAGUUGGCCUUCCUGGACGUGCAUGCAUUUGAGCGUCUCUUGGGUCCGGUGAUGGACAUAAUGAAGAGGAACUUUAACCACUAUGAGGACCAAUUGGUCAAAAUAUUUGGGUCCAAAUCAAAUGUGGCCGACUUGCGAUGACUGCACGUGUGAGCCGUUCAUGAUAGGGAUUGUGAGGGAAUCCCUUUGGUGGUGGACAGUGGGACAGUGGUCUCGAUGGCAGACUUAUUGCACAAUUAAUUGAAUUCUUCCCCUAAUUUGAGAUAAUUUCCAGUUAAAGGUGUUUUGCAG